AUGUCGACUACUACCCAUUCUUCUAAAAUCAGAGGGGGAGGCGGUGCACUGCAGGUCAAUGUGCCAUCUAAUGAUUCUUUCACGGCGCUAUGUGCCCUUGCAAAUGGGCUGAAGUCGGAUGCGCCGGCUAUGCAAGUUAGCGCUUUGUACCCCAGAAAGAGCACGGGCGCCGUAACAUUUCAGAAAUGGCUUUUACGGCUUUCUCGUCAUUAUACGAGUUCACUAUCUGUUUUGUUGUCUUUACUCCGUCGAUUUGCUACGUGCCGUUCAAAGCCCAGAGUUAGGAGGUCGACCACCCAAUCUCAUCUUUCCCGGGGAGCUCUUCCGCAACUUCUCGGAAUGGACAUCCCAAAAGAGGAUCCAUAUACUUGUUCCAGUCUUUUGCCUGCUAGUGAGAUACAGGAAGUUGCAAGAGAGCCUCCAUCUCCUUCAGAUUUCCCUUUCGAAACGAGUCCUCGAACCUCACGACGUAUAGUACGAGAUAAUACGUCGAGGUCUUUGCCGGAGGCAACGAUAGAAUAUCCAGGUGCCGUUGGGACGAACAACCAUGACUCCAGGUCAAGUCUGAUUCUGAGUGUGGGAGAGAGUCCGACGAAAUACGCAACUUAUACGAAACGCGUUCGUGCCCGCCGAGUCACGAUCUACAAUUCCGUCGCAAAUAUCCACCGUAGAUCUACGGAACCUAUUGCUGUUCCGCUGGAUUUGUCUAAUCAGACAACGCCAGUAUCUGAUCCAGUUAUAGGCGGUCAUAACAUUGCUUCGCCCUACAGCGACGAGCGAUUGGGUCCAGAGCCAGUAGGCCCAGAUGACGGCCCGCCGAUAGGCCUCUUGGUUGCAGAGGAAGUUGGGCGGUGUGAAAAGUAUACACCAAGGGCUGAAGUUGUUCAAAGGAGUUCUUUACCGUCCCAAAUCACUGUUCCUGCCAUGACAGUGAAAUUUCCCAUGCACGACACUGCUGUACCUCCAGGAUGGACUACACUCGUGCAUCCGCAAGGUUCUCGCUACUUUGUGAACGUAAAAAGACGAACAUUCACACAGAUGAAUAUUUGCGACGAAACAAUAUACAGUGACAUAAGACACUUCAUGGAUUACUUGCUGCGUUCACUCCGUGAUGAAAGCGAGCACCUUGAGCUGGACAUGGCGCAGGUAGACCUUGUGAUCGAGCCGAAGGUUUCCACCGAUGCCGACAAAGUGGUUUGUUGCUAUUAUUUCGCCAACCACCGUGAUAGAUGCCUCUUCUGGUUGGAUGAGUACAGUACCGAGGAUAUUCUCUCCGAAUGUAACGGCGUCGAGAAUCUUUCACACAUACGGCUUGCCAUCCAAGCGCAAUAUUGGAAACAUUGCGACUACUUCCCUUGCCUGUGCCCAAUUACACAAAAGCUUGUUGAUGAGGUGAAAGAUAUGUUGAUAUAUGCCGAAUGUGAUAAGAUCAAGGGCCGAAUCAUGUAUGCAUUCAGUCGCAAUCACUUCAUUAACUCUCAUGGGGAGAACUGUGUGAGAUUAGCCUUUGAACAAACAGUCCAUCCAUACGCACCGUCGUUGUUGAUAGUCAUGGUUGCACCCUUUUUGUUUUUGGACCCUAUGGCUCUAGUUCGAGAACUGCACACGAUAUUUGUUGAUAACACGCCUUCCUCAGAGCGGUGGAAUACAUUCAAUUUAAACCUGAAUGGCCAACUUCAGGACUCCACUCUUCUGGUAAAUCCACCUGUUCAUUGUCGUGUCGCUACUGUCUUACUCAAUGCCAAUGUUGGGUUUCUCGCUAUCAGCAGCGUUGAUACGGGCGGUAGAUCUCCUGUCCAGGUGGCGAGCUACAUGUCUCUUGUGUCAAGCUUGGGAAGUAUGAUUCUUGGGUUGUUACUUGUUUCGCAUAAUCGAACCAUGGGCCAAUUGGGCACGGUCCUCCAAACGGAAAUUUUCCUAUCACAACUCGGCGAGAAAGAACGCAGACUCGAAAGGCUGGCCAUAAUCUACAGCCUUCCGAAAACAUUGCUUAUGUGGGGAUGGAUGCCGUUACUCAACUAUGUUAGCAUGAUCUUCUUCUUUGCCGCAUUCUCCGUCCAUUGGUGGAAUCCUGGAGAUCAAACUACCAGAGCCGUCGUUGGUUCUGUGAUAAUUCUCGCAUUUGUAAUGAUCUUGUAUGGCAUCAUGAGAGCCAAGUACGGAGGAGAUCGCUGGUGGCGACUGCCAAUACUGCUACUCGCAAGAUUUGCUGACGCUGGGAAGCAAGUCAUGGUAUUCAUGGGGAUGAGAAAAGCUCUCAUUGUCCAAGAUCCUUCGUCAGAGACUGGAAGGGACGGUCUCGCUCCACCGAACAUUCAUGCAUGCCACUCUCAAACAAAUGCUGAGGUAGAUGCUCCAGGGUACAUCGCCUCCCAUCCAACAAAUCCACUUCCCGAAGUAUCCAGUCCAGAUGAUUAUGAACACCACCCCAACUUUUCUAUCCCCCCAACUCCAUCCCAACCCACCGCUUCCGUGGAUCCACCUCUACAACCGCAUGACGGUAUUUCCGUGCUUCCACCAUCAGAUCUGCACAUCAGCCCAGGCGGUUUGCCAGGCGUUGGCUCGUUGCAACAGAUUCGAGAGAUCCAGUUUAUAUUCCGGUCUACUGCAGAGACUCGCUAUGAACCUGAUACUACACCCUUCGGCGUGCCUGGUGCAAGGGAGGUUGUGAACUACACCACGAAUAUAGUCGAGGAGCCAGAGGGAUUAGAACAUUCUCAACCUUCACCAAGCUAG